AUGUCGGCGUGGCUGGCCGCGGCACCGUGUGUGUGUGUGUGGUUUUGCAAGCAAAACUUAUCCUCUCUUUCGAGUAUUCUCUGUCUCUGUCUCUGUCUCUCUCUCUGUCUCUCUCUCUGUCUCUCUCUCUCUCUCUCUCUCUCUGUCUCUCUCUCUGUCUCUCUCUCUGUCUCUCUCUCUCUCUCUCUCUCUCUCUCUCUCUCUCUCUCUCUCUCUCUCUCUCUCUCUCUCUCUCUCUCUCUCUCUCUCUCUCUCUCUCUCUCUCUCUCUCUGCCUGCCUGCCUGCCUGUCUGUCUGUCUGUCUGUCUGUCUGUCUGUCUGUCUGUCUGUCUGUCUGUCUGUCUGUCUGUCGGUCUGUCGGCUAUCCUGCAAACUGAUAUUUCAGUCACUAAUGCCAUGAACGUAGACAUAUACAGUCGCCUUCAUGUACUACACACAAAACUGACAACAGCCUGUCCGUCAGAAAGCACCGACAACCAGCAGCAACCAGCAGAAAAUGCAAAAAACAAGAGAAAUUAG